AUGGAUGAAGAGAAUGGAGAAGCAUUGAAAGCUGCCAGGUCAGCGACUGUUCAUCGCAAACCCAUACCUCCGCCUGCGCCUGCGCCUGCGCCAGCGAUCCAUCAAACUCAGCUCCGGGCUGGCAAAGUCGCCCUCCUUCAAAGAUGGAAGAAUCUAAGCCGACGAGCCAAAAUCAUCAUCAUUGCUACAGCCCUUGCUGUCCUCGUUCUGAUCAUUGGUCUUGCCGCAGGUCUUUCGACCCGCAAGCACUCUCAGAAUCUCCCUUUGCCUUCGGGACAUGGUGGCCCGUACACCGGUGACCUGACCUAUUAUGGACCGGGUCUAGGUGCAUGCGGCGUCACCUCCAAGGACAGCGACAAGAUCGUCGCCAUAUCCCAUAGUGUCUUUGAUGCCGUGAGUACAGGGAGUGAUCCAAACCAGAACCCCCUGUGCGGGAAAAAGAUAAGAGCGAGGAGAGACAACAAGAGCGUCGACCUGACUGUGGUUGAUCGAUGCGUCGGUUGUCAGCCUACAGAUCUCGAUGUCACAGUCGACACCUUCGCCAUAUUGGCCGAUGUGGACUUGGGAAGAGUGAACGUUGAGUGGAAUUGGCUGGAGGAUGUACCAGCCCAGGUUCAGACCUAA